AUGCAAGGCUUUAACAAAUACUACCCUCCUGACUACGAUGGAGAGAAGCACAAGAGCCUCAACUCGUACAGAGGUAAACAUGCACUAGGAGACAGAGCUCGGAAGAUAGACCAGGGCAUCCUCAUCACUCGCUUUGAGCUCCCGUUCAACAUAUGGUGUGGGACGUGCAACAACCAUAUCGGCAUGGGCGUCCGCUACAACGCUGAGAAGAAAAAGAUAGGAAACUACUACUCGACGCCGAUAUACUCGUUCCGAUGUAAAUGCCAUCUCUGUGAUGGUUGGUUCGAGAUACAAACAGACCCAAAGAAUACACAGUAUGUCGUCACUUCAGGCGCCCGGCGUAAGGAGGAGGACUGGAAUCCAGAAGAGAACGGGGGAUAUGCCGUGCAUGACACCGAAGGGAGCGCCGCACCAGUUGACCCGCUCGCUGUCCUAGAAAAGACCACCGACGCGCAGAAGAACCUCACCCAAGUCCAAAUCCCUCGUCUUGAAGGCCUACAGAACGUCUCUGAACAAUAUAACUCCGAUCCAUACACUCUUUCUCGGAAAGUCCGGAAACGGUUUCGUGAGGUGAAGAAGGCUGCAUUGGAAAAGGAGGCCGCGGAUGAUUCUCUCAAAGGGCGUUAUGGGCUGCCAGAGACGCUGAAGUUGUUGGACGAGGCUGAAGAUGAUGCAAUACAUGCGAAAGAAGAAUGGAAGCAAGCGCGCAAAGAAUUAGCGGAAGAGGCAUCGAGCAAACGCCGAAGGCUGGUUUUAACCUCCGUGUCUCGGCCUACUCCUUCGUUGCCAUCGUCUUCGUCUCGUGUUUCCACAACAUCUGGCACUGACGCGGUGUCCGCCCUACGAGCGCGUGUGCUAGGGAAUACAGCUCGGCGAGGUCGGCAACGCUAA